GUUGGCUAUUUUCGAAGCCAUUGCAAACGGCCACCAUUUCAUAUUUUACCUUCUCAACACUGAAGAGUUCCGAUAGUUUAGGACGCCUUCUAAUAGAUUGAUUAAAUAUUACACAGUUUUCUUUUUAUUGCUUUUAAUUUUUAUGCUUAAAUGCUUUGUACAAAGUAAUUGUCAACCAGUAACUUCUGUAUUUUCAAUCAUAGUACAAAUUGUCAUGAAGUAGUAUAUCGGAACUCUUCAGUGUUGAGAAGGUAAAAUAUGAAAUGGUGGCCGUUUGCAAUGGCUUCGAAAAUAGCCAAUUUGAAUUACUGUGGGAUUUACACCUUGUAAAGAUAUGGUUCAGAUAUUGUUUUUACACCCAGACUUGGGAAUUGGUGGUGCAGAAAGGGCUGUUAUAGAUGCAGCACUGGCACUGAAAUCAAAAGAUCACCAAGUACAAUUCGUAACAUCUCAUCAUGACAUUUCACACUGCUUUCAGGAGACCAAGGAUGGAACAUUAAAAGUUACAAGUGUUGGAGAUUGGCUGCCACGGAAAAUCUUUGGCAGAUUUUACGCGCUGUGUGCUUACAUCCGAAUGCUCUAUGCAGCACUUUAUGUUAUCAUUAGUCCCUCUCUCAACUAUGACAUUAUUUUUUGUGACCAAAUAUCUGCAUGUAUUCCAGUGCUGUUACUAUCCUCUGCAAAAAUUUUGUUUUAUUGCCACUUUCCUGAUUUGCUUCUCACCACAAGAAAAAGUUUCUUGAAGACUUUGUACAGAAAACCCCUAGAUAGACUGGAGGAAUACACCACUGGGCUGGCCCACAAAGUCCUUGUAAAUAGUCAUUUCACAGCUGGCAUAUUUAAAGAAACUUUCAAGUCACUGGGUCAUGUGCAGCCUGCAGUUUUGUAUCCAAUUCCCGACUUCAAUGGCCUGAACAAACCAGUAGAUGAAGAGUUCAUAAAAAGCCUUCCUCAAAAGCCUUCUUUAUUCCUUUCUAUAAACAGAUAUGAAAAAAAAAAGAACAUAUCUCUGGCAGUAAUGGCUUUUGAGCUACUGGUAGAGAAGCACACAGCCUCAAAUGCUCACCUAAUAAUUGCUGGUGGCUAUGAUGAAAGAGUGUCUGAAAACAGAGAGUACCAUAAAGAGUUGACGGACCUUGUGGGCAAAUUGGGCCUCACAGAAAAUGUGACUUUCCUCAGAUCAAUCUCUGAUGCACAGAAACGGUCCCUGCUGUCUAGUGCCACCUGUUUGCUGUACACGCCUGAGAACGAACAUUUUGGAAUUGUACCAAUUGAGGCCAUGUAUUUACGAUGUCCAGUUAUUGCAGCCAACAGUGGGGGGCCCCUGGAAACUAUUGCUGAUGGUGCAACUGGUUACCUUUGCGAUGCUGCACCUGAUCAAUUUUGUGAUGCUAUGAGUAGAUUUGUGACAGAUGAGAACUUGCAUAAGAAGCUGGGAUAUGCAGGAAAAGAGAGAGUGAUAGAAAAAUUCUCUUUUUCACAGUUUACAGAGCAGCUUUGUGGUAUUGUUGAAGAACUUGCACAAGACAAAUCUCACAAUAUUUCUCCUAUCUGGAUCUUGACAUUCAUCUCUCUGAUCUUCAUAAUAAUCAUUACAAUGUUACCUUGGUGGUAAUUGACAUGCAAUUUCGCAUUAAAUGUACAUAUUGUAGACAUCAAUUUUUUCGCACAGUACAAAUUUCUGUGAUAUCUGGUGUCCUAAAAAAUCUACAGAGUUUGGUACCAGUGGAUGUAAGUUCAGUUGUAAAUCCUGAUUUUAAAUCUAGGAAAUGUUUGCAAAAAUCAAACGGUGUUAGGCCUAUAAUUGAAUGUGAAAAUUAUAGAGACGUUUAAUAAACACUCCAGUUUACACAUGUACAUGGAUAUCAUUAUUACUUAAUUCAAAUUAGAAUAAUCAGAAAAUAGGCUGUCUUAUUUGAAGUACCGUAAAUUACAAUGUACUUAUACAGGAAAAUUUUUGUCCAAAGUUAUUUCUUGCUAGUAAUCAAUGAAUUUAUUUUCACUCAAUUUUAAAUUCCCCAUCUAGGAUAUGGAUGAAAAUGAAAUGGCGGCAACAUUUACUGUGUGUGCAGUAUGUUCUUAAAAUGAAUGCACUUAAUCAAAAUCAGUAGUUAUUACAUCCAUGUUCAGUUUGUUUCAAACUGUCAAUAAUUCACUGUGCAUGAUAAACAUCAAUGAAUAACCCUCAAGCACGUGAGGACUAACUACCGUAUAUCAGUUUUUUUCUGCGUGUAUCUAAUAUCUGCUUUGUUCGUGAGGAUUUCUGAAUCGUGGAAAAUAAAUCUGCGUAAAUUUGA